CAGUCAGAUUAGAUUAAGUUGUUGACCAAUAGUGUGUGCAUUUUUGAUUAUACUAUUGUUACUGCUGCUGACUGAAGGCCGUUGGGUUGUCAUUCCUACGAAGUGUUUUUAUAUCCUUUCCUCAUUCUUCUUGUUGUUACGGAAUUUCUCUGGUGUUGAAUGUGCCAAGAAGUGCUGCAGCAGUAUUCAAUUGUUAGGAUUCUUUAAAACUUCCUCAGCAGUGUUUCAGGAAUGGCUGAGCUCCCAGGACAAAAGGUUGGCGUUCACUGGUUCCGCCAUGGACUGAGAUUCCACGACAACCCAGCACUUCUUGAACUCUUACAGAGUUGUCAAGUUUUUGUUCCCAUCUUCAUUUUUGACGGCUUUACUGGCUUUUCAGGUGCCAAGACGGUUUCCUAUAAUCGGAUACGCUUUCUGUUGGAGUGUCUGUUAGACCUAAACAAUCAGCUAGCUGCGCGUGGUGGACGUCUGUAUGUCUGUGCAGGUGAUCCUCCUAAAGUUCUGCACAAGCUCAAGGAAGAGUUGGGCCAGUUCAAACUCAGUUUUGAUGAGGACUAUGAGCCAAUAUGGCACCAGAGGGAUCUUGCUGUUAGACAGUGGUGCCAAAACGAAGGGAUUGAAUUCAUUGAGCGUGGAUCUCACACUCUCUGGGAUCCCCGGACUGUUAUACAGACAAAUGGAGGAGUUCCCCCCCUGACGUACCAGAUGUUUGUGCACACAAUGAAGGUAUUGGGUCCACCCCCAAGGCCUGUUAGCGACAUUGACUGGUCAUGUGUUUCAUUUGGGAAACUGGAAAACUUUGGUUCAGAUAACAUCAAGCUGUUUCCAGGUAUCCCAGCUGCAGAAGAGCUUGGGAUAUCCCAAGAGUCAGGGUUGGGUGAGCGGGUGGUGGUGUGGGAAGGAGGAGAGAACCGAGCCCUGAGGCAGUUGCAAGACAGGGUUAUUGUGGAGGCUGAGGCAUUCAAAAGAGGACUGUAUCUUCCGAACCAGGCACAGCCAGACCUGCUGGCACCUCCCACCAGCUUGAGUGCAGCUCUGAGUGCAGGCUGUCUCUCUGUGAGAAGGUUUUAUUGGGAGAUACACGAUUUGUACAAAGAUAUACACCAGGGAUUGCAGCCUGCCUCAGAGAACAUUACAGGCCAGCUGAUCUGGCGUGAGUACUUCUACACCAUGUCAGUGAACAAUCCCAGUUAUGGGCAGGUCACGGGAAAUCCCAUCUGUCUGGGAAUCUCCUGGGGACAAGGGGGUGGAAACGAGGAGGCUGUGGAGAGAUGGCGCCAGGGACAGACUGGCUACCCCUUCAUAGAUGCGGCAAUGCGUCAGUUAAGACAGGAGGGUUGGAUCCACCACAUUGCACGGAAUGCAGUAGCCUGUUUCCUGACACGCGGAGACCUCUGGGUCUCUUGGGAGGCGGGACUCGCUCACUUCCUGCACCAGUUGAUAGAUGCCGAUUGGAGCGUCUGUGCUGGUAACUGGCUGUGGGUCAGCAGUUCAGCCUUCGAGCAGCUGCUGGACUGCUCGCAAUGUGUGUGUCCUGUCAACUAUGGCCGUCGGCUUGAUCCCCACGGUCUCUACGUCAAACGAUAUGUGCCAGAGGUGCAACACUUGCCAGUCCAGUACAUCUACGAGCCGUGGAAGGCUUCUCUUGAAGUCCAGGAAAAAUCCAAUUGCAUCAUAGGUAAAGAUUAUCCCGAGAGAAUUGUCAACCACCAGCAGGCGUCACAGAAGAACAGACAGAUGAUGAUCAGAAUCCGAAAUUCUCUGGUAGAAAACCGGCCCCAGCACUGCUGUCCAUCAAGUGUGGAAGAAGUUCGACAAUUCAUGUGGCUCCCAGAGAAAUUUACGGACCAUCUGUGUGAGUCUGUACACACUUAGACAUGCAGGGGUCUCAACAGGAGGUCUGAUCAUACAACGAUGGAUGAGUGUGUUUCAGCUAUCUAGUCCUGGAUAUUGCAUUUGACAAGAAGUGACCUUGUUUCUCAUGUUAGCUGGACAUGAUUUACAACCAAUUUUAGCAUUCUUAUGUAAAUGAGAUGAUAAGGGUCCUUUCAAGAGAGAAAACUAGGUGAAGUUUUAAUACAGUCAGACCAGUAUAUUGUGAUUUUGUUUAUAAGUACUAAAUCCUAUAUAAAUAUUAAGAGUGGUAAGAGAUUCCACUCUUAUUAAUUAAGAGUAUUAAUCUAGAGCAGGGGUCUCCAACCUAUUUUACUGAAGGGCCACAUUGUAAAGUUUUCAAUGUAAGGCGGGCCAACAAUAUUUUGGUGCAGAAACUCUACUUCUGUGAUUUUAAAAUCACUGUUCACACCACCUGCUUUUACAACAGUCUCAUUUUGUUAAGACUGCUUGGUAAAAUUUUGUUCUGAUUUAAAAGCGAAUUUUUCAAAAAAGCAAUUUUUCCUCUCUUAGUUUGCCUGUUAAAUUGGAAUACAUGCUCUUAUGCUUUGUUUCAUAAUGUCUACGGACAUUAAAUUCUUUGAGAACACCGACAGUCUCGUUGCAAAUAAGACAUAACGCUUUAUUAGUGUUAUCGAUCAUAAAUAGUCAUGAACCCAUUGUUUAUUAAACACACGGCACUAAAAGUCAACUUUUCUUUUUUUAGAACCAUUUUUGUGAGUAAUAAAACAGAAAUAUAAAAUACACUGUCCACGAUCACUAUGCACUAUGGGAAACAUCAACUUAUACUCUCACAAGUUGUAAUUGUAACUAACACUGCAAAAUGACUGACAAGAUUGACGUGACUAGGUUAUUUUGGUUCUGCCUCAGGUAUGGACAGGGUAGAGUACAACAGCGCCGAGCUUCUGCCUGUACAUGUACAAUCCGUGCUAACCACUUACUAUCUAUCACUCAGUGGUUGAUCACUACUUGUUUAUCAAGUUUUAAAAUUAUUGAGAAAAGAAGUGGCAAGUGAGAGAUGAGUACUGGUAUGAAUGAGGAUGAGCUAAUGGCAAAAAUGCUUAAAAAAUAUAUAUAAUAUCAAAUAAAAAUAUUUUGUCAGUAUGCUAGCUUUCCGCGGGCGAGAAAAAAAUCUGUUUCCGCGGGCUGUAGCCUGGAGACUCCUGAUCUAGAGUGUAAAGAUAAAACUAUAAUUACUUAGUUUACCAAUUUUAGAGUUACUUUUAGUUGGCUGUUUUAUCUAGUUUUAGUUAUACACAUAUCAAUUUUCUUAUUUCUUUAUAUAUAUAAAAGUUUUUCACCAUAAAUUAUUAUGAUUUAUGUGUUUAUGUGUUAUGUGAUUUUUAUUAAAAUAUGGUGCAUUUAAUUUACCUAAUUAGUAGUUAUCAUGGGUUAAAUGUAACCUUCAACCUGACAACAUGAUUUGUCAAAAUAAAAAUCCUACAUUUACAUUGUAAUAUUGAUAUUAACACGAAUUUGAACUAAUUUAGGAACAUUGAAUGCGAGUUUCCAAUUUAUACUUACGAAUUUACUUUUUUACUACAUUGACAAAGACUGAAUAUAUGAGAGUCCUUAACCCUAUAAGUGGCAAG